AUGGCUUCCGAAUCAACAUCGUUCACCGACGUUUACACCAGGAUAUCCCGAUACCCGCCCCUCGCUGAGCUGACUAUGGAUCAGUUCAUGACUUUCAUCAAGAUCUGCUGUGAGACUCGGAACGAUGUUGCUAAUAUUCAACGUGCCUCGACGAACACAUCAACAGCGCCGCAAAACAUUCCAUACUUAUACCUCAAGAUGGUCUCCGACGCUACUCAUCUUGACGAGGCUCAGAUCCAUGUUCUCUGGCGGGCUCUCAAUGACUACAUAUGGGCGGCUCCCAGUGCAAGGGAGAGCUAUCUCACCCUGCCAUCUCUAUUUGAGACCCAUGGCGCUCAUCGUGGGAUUCCUCUGUACUCUCUCCAUCCCCCAUCGCGGCAUUGCACGAACGACAACUGCGACAAGAGCUCUACCUUUGAGCUACGACAGGACACCGUUCUCGGUGCCGUCAUCUUCACCAUGAGCCAUGGCGUUCAGAUCGGAAAGGCCACAUAUCUCACUUGUGACAGGUGUGGAUAUCAAUACCACUACAACUACUACGUGCACGAUGACUGCCUUACACGGACCUACUACAGCAACUACAAUGUUCACAACUACAUCCAAGUGGGCACGCACCAUUUCAUCGAGAGAACACUGGUGGAGUUAUGGACGAACUCCAUGAUGGUCUCCGCUACCUCUGCCACAAGCUCGGCGAAGACUUACGAGCUAACGUUCGCACGAAACGGCCCCGAUUUUAGCGACCUCUAUCACACAUCUUCCCUCCUUGUAGACGAUGACUCAGACGCUGACACGUUUAGCCCGCACCUGAACCAAGAGCAGGUGUGGGCUGCCUGGACAGUCCUCGCCCUCUUGCGAGAUCGCAUGUCUAUCGAUCUCCCCCUCUCUGUUCCACACAAAGGCGAUAAUCGAGCACGAUUCGACGAUGCAAUGAAAGAACGCAACGAGCGCAUAGUUCUCUGCGGACAACCCGAGUUGCUGCAUACUUGCAGUGGCUGUAUGCGUGUCUUCGAGGAGCACACGCCGGAAGGCAUCAAACGCUGGAAAUGUCAAGUCGCUGUUAGUGAUGGAGUGACCAUUGGUUACUUCGUCUGCAAACAUCAUCGAUGCACAGAUCCUCCCGAGACUAAGCUCCACCACUAUUGCGAGCUGCAUUCAGACCUCGCGAACAUUUGCGCUGUCGAGGAUUGCCCGGAUGCAAUCGUGCCUACCAGCCAAACCAAAAGCACCUGCGAGAAGGAACACCAUCGGGAGAUGGAGAUCCAGAGCCGCGAUCGAGGCAAGUCCAUAUUCGAGCUCAAGAAUCGACUGGCACGCGUCAAGACUGCACAGCGAGAGGAAUCGGACGACAACGACAAUGACGAGAGCCUCUACACUGAGGCUCUCGAAUACUUCGAAGUCGACGAAGCUGGGAACGUUACCCAGCACGUCGACCAUAACCCAGUCAACGUCGGCGUCCCCGACACCACCGACGCGAAAGAAGCUUGUCCAUCCAAGCGUCUGAAACGCUUCAAAAUCCUCCUCGCUCGCCGCCGUUCCUGUUGCGAAGUCACCAUUGUUCGUCCAUGCGGCAUAAUUCUGGCUCGAGGCACCUUCAAUCGUGCAGAGGCUGUCUCUAACGUACUGAAAAUGGUCAAAGACGUCUUCAGCAUACCCGGUGCUCAGAAGCCUGAGCACUGGAUAUACGACACUGCCUGCGAGGCCAAGAAGCAGGCGAUGAAAGACCCUUGGUGGGACCAAGUCGGUAUGUCCGUCGACGUUUUCCAUUUCCGCAACAAGCACAAGACCACGGACGAGUUCUGCCAGCGGUUCUGCAACCCUGCAGACUUUCCAGAGCUGCAGUCGGGUGAUGGGAGUGGCUGGUGGUUCAACACCAGUAUUGCUGAGCAGGUGAAUGUAUGGCUCGGCUCGUUUCAUGCGAUUGUCCGAGAGAUGAGGCCGACAAGGUACAAUUUUUUCCUUGACGAAAUGGUUCGUCUUCGUAAUGUAGAUGUUCUUGCUUCUCUCGAGAGGAAGGGCCUCUGCCCUACGUAUUCUCCUUGUCCCCCAGCGACAGACUAG